UAUUCGUGUCAAAAUGAACACAUUAUUUGUUUGUCUCCUUGCCUCAGUCUUUGUGGUAUACGGCAGUGAAGAUAAUCUUCAGGAGUCGAAGCAACAAAAUACGAGCUGUGUCAAUUACUGCUCGAAUAUUGUAAAACCCGUGCUAAAUGAAACGAAAUGUUUGUCGCAGUUCGAGAACACGAAUAAGCUGAUGGAGGAUAAAUUUGCUUCGCAGGACAAAAAGAUUGAACAGAAAUUGAGAGACUUGAGCACUGCAACUGAAGAAAUUAUGCAGCAAAUUAAAUUACAGGGUAAACAAAUAGAGCAGCAAAUGGAACAUCUUCAUAAAACAGAUGAAGUUAAGAAGCAAAUACCUGGACCACCUUAUCAGCAGAUUGGAUCGAAGUAUUAUUAUAUUGAAGAAUCUGAAGAAGUCAAUUGGUUUGGGGCAGUCAACAAAUGUCGGGCAAUAGGUGGACAUUUAGUUAGUUUCGAAAAUUCGGAUGAAUUCUAUGAAAUCACGGAUAAAUUGCAGACUAAUAAAGAUUAUUGGAUUGGCAUUAACGAUUUAGCUAAACAGGAUGAAUUUACUUCCAUUUCUACAGGUCGCAGAGCAAACUAUUUAAUGUGGCAGUCAGGUGACCCAAACAAUGUCGAUGGUAAUGAACAUUGCGGUGAAUUGCACUUCAAUGAUAGAUUCAAAAUGAUAGAUGAUACUUGUACCAAAAAACAAAUGUUUAUUUGCGAAUUUAGAAAUUAA